CACGUUGUAUCGCGAGAGCGCUGGAGCCAAUGGAAAGGGGGAACUGACAGCUCGUUCCCCGCCCUUAUCAGCUGCUGUGAGACUGAAGCCUGCGCGAAGGUGCUCGCUGUUUCUGAUGUGCUGUUCCCUCUCUCCGUAGGCUUCACCAGUAGUUCAGCACCUGGACCAUUUAGGAAAAUGGAAGGUAAUGGCUCCAUCGACAUGUUCUCAGAAGUUCUGGAGAACCAGUUCCUGCAGGCUGCUAAGCUAGUGGAGAACCACUUGGACUCUGAAAUUCAGAAGCUGGAUCAGAUCGGUGAAGAUGAACUGGAAGUCCUCAAAGAAAAGAGACUGGCAGCACUCAGGAAAGCACAGCAGCAGAAACAAGAAUGGCUUUCUAAAGGACAUGGAGAGUACAGAGAAGUCGCCAGCGAGAGAGACUUCUUUCAAGAAGUCAAGGAAAGUGAAAAAGUGGUUUGCCAUUUCUACAGAGACACCACAUUCAGGUGUAAAAUACUAGACAGACAUUUAGCGAUUCUGUCCAAAAAACAUCUUGAAACCAAAUUUUUGAAGCUGAAUGUGGAAAAGGCACCAUUCCUCUGUGAGAGACUGCGGAUCAAGGUCCUCCCCACGCUAGCACUCUUGAGAGAUGGCAAGACACAAGAUUAUGUCGUUGGAUUCACCGACCUAGGAAAUACAGAUGACUUCACUACAGAAACUUUAGAAUGGAGACUUGGUUGUUCUGAUGUUAUCAAUUACAGUGGAAAUUUAAUGGAGCCACCAUUUCAGAGCCAAAAGAAAUUCGGAACAAACUUCACAAAGCUGGAAAAGAAAACUAUCCGAGGAAAGAAAUAUGAUUCUGAUUCUGACGACGAUUAGAGCGUGCCGCGCUCUGUAAACCAUCUGUGUCUGUUUACCUCAGAGUUAAGUGUGUUUUCUAAAUUCUCCUGAUUUCGGCCCCCUGGCCGUCUGAUGCUCGUUGCCCAGUGUGUACCCUGUCUCACCCUGUGAAGGACAGCCUCACUAUUUUGUUUGUGCUCAUCACGUGUAACUUGAGAGUAACAUAUUUUAAAUUUCCUGGAAA